AUGUCUUCCAAGAAAGAUCCUUCCGGCGGUGUCCCCGCUCACAGCAAGGGCUCAUGGACAAGUUUCCUCAAGUCGAUUGCCUCCUUCAACGGUGAUCUCUCCUCCUUGACUGCUCCUCCAUUCAUCCUGUCAUCCACCUCUCUGACCGAAUACUCGGCCUACUGGGCUGAACACCCCGCCGUCUUCGUCGCUCCCGCUAGGGAGGCCGAUCCCGAAAAGCGGGCUCUUCUUGUGCUCAAGUGGUUCCUGACCACCCUGCACCAGCAGUACUGCAGCCGUAGCGAGAAGCUCGGCAGUGAGAAAAAGCCUCUGAACCCCUUUCUGGGUGAGCUGUUCAUUGGCAAGUGGCAGACCGACAAGUCGGACCCCGAGCUCGGCGAGACCACCUUGGUCAGUGAGCAAGUCAGUCACCACCCUCCUGCGACUGCCUACGCUAUCCGAAAUGAAAAGCACGGUGUCGAACUGCAAGGAUACAAUGCCCAGAAGGCGUCUUUCUCGAGCACCAUUCAGGUGAAGCAGAUCGGUCACGCCCUUUACACCCUCACCUUGCCCGGCACCCAAGAAAAGGAACGCUACCUCAUCACUCUCCCCAAUAUGCACAUCGAAUCCCUGAUCUACGGCACUCCCUUCGUCGAGCUGGAGAAGACCGCCAAGAUCGCCAGCAGUAGUGGCUAUGUUUCCAAGAUCGAUUUUUCCGGCAAGGGCUGGUUGAGCGGCAAGAAAAACACCUUCACGGCCUACCUUUACAAGGCCAGUGAGGGUGAGAAGCACCCUAUCUACACAAUCGACGGCCAAUGGUCCAACACCUUCACCGUGAAGAACGCCAAGAAAGAAGAAGUCGACAAGUGGGUGGUCGCUGAGAACAAGACUACCCCGCUUACCCUUGCUCCGCUCGAACAGCAGGAUGUGUACGAGUCUCGCCGCGCCUGGAAGGACGUCGCCGAGAACAUUCAAAAGAGCGACAUGGACGCCGUCUCUGCACACAAGUCGCGUAUCGAAAAUGCUCAGCGCGAGCUCCGUCGCAUCGAAAAGUCUGAGGGCCGCGAAUGGGAACGCCGAUUCUUCAGCCGAAUCGACCCCAAGGACGAUGACCCCGAAGUUCAGAAGCUAGCUAGCGCUCUCGACCUGCCCUCUAAUCUGGAUGGCGACAAGACAGGUGGAAUCUGGCGCUUCGAUGCCCAGCGCGCCGCGGGUGCUCAGCCACCAUAUUUCAAGGUUGGUGGCGAGGGGCUCGGCCUCGAGUGA